ACAUGUAGUUGUAGUCCGUAUCCGGGAGGUCUGCCCUACCUAAAAUAACAACGUUCAACGUGAAUAACUACUUUCCCCAGCAACCCCAACGCUCAGCACAAGCUGGCUUCUUUCUCUUCGAGAGUGUUUCCCAUUUAAACAAACACAGUGCUGAAGAUGGCGGAGAGUUAAUAGGGAAAGGAAGAAGCUAUUGGUGCGCUCACAGAGAUAUAUCUAUUUGACAAUACCGCGUGGGGACAAAGAAGUGAAUGACUCUAAAGAGGAGAUGUGAAAAGUCCCAUAACAACAAUCUUCCCUUGUAUCAAAGUGACUCUGAACACCCCACUGCACCACCCAAACACACCAUUUGCAAGGUAGAAUACCAGUAGACCAGUCCAGGACCAUUAUCUGCAGGAGAGAAAUUGUCUCGUCCACUCUAGGCUCCGUCACAAGGAUGUGAAGUUCAAUGACGUUGGAUUUCAUCAUUUAUACUCUGCUGAAGAGGUGCUGAUAUGUGUACACGAUGAGCGGACUGGGGGACAACUCCAUGGAGCCUCUGAGCUCGGAAAACCGAAAACGCAAGCUCUCCACCUGCGACACGCCCGGUCUGGGGUGUGAGCGGAGACGGCGGGAGCAGGAGACUAAAUACAUCGAGGAGCUGGCCGAAUUGAUCUCUGCCAACCUGGGUGACAUCGACAGCUUCAACGUCAAGCCAGACAAGUGUGCCAUCCUCAAGGAGACAGUGCGCCAGAUCAGACAGAUAAAAGAGCAGGGCAAAGCGUCCUCCAAUGAUGACGAUGUACAGAAGUCGGACGUGUCCUCCACGGGACAGGGGGUCAUAGACAAAGACCACCUCGGUCCUCUUCUGCUUCAGGCCCUGGAUGGUUUUCUGUUUGUGGUGAACCGGGAGGGCAGCAUAGUGUUUGUGUCUGACAACGUGACCCAGUACCUGCAGUACAAACAGGAGGAGCUCAUCAACACUUCCGUCUACAACAUCCUCCAUGAGGACGACAGGGAGGAGUUCCACAAGAACCUGCCCAAGACCAAUGUUAAUGGGGUGUCCUGGGGUGGGGAGGCGCCACGUCAGAAGAGCCACACCUUCACCUGUCGCAUGCUGGUCAAGUUUGGCCACACCCACGGACCUGUAGAGGAAGGACCAGGAGGGCCGCGCUACGAGACCAUGCAAUGCUUCGCCUUGACCCAGCCCAAGGCCAUGAUCGAAGAGGGGGAAGACCUGCAGUCGUGUAUGAUCUGUGUGGCCCGUCGUGUGACUGCUGUAGAGAGAACAGAGAGCUUCAACACCCGGCACGAGCUCUCAGGUAAGCUGAUCCAGAUAGACCAGAACUCUCUGCGUGCGUCAAUGCGUCCUGGCUGGGAGGAUCUGCUGAGGCGCUGUAUCCAGAUGUUCCUACAGCACAGUGACGGACAACCCUGGUCCCACAAACGCCAUUAUCACGAGGCUUUCCUACAGGGUCACGCUGAGACCCCCCUGUACCGUUUUUCUCUCUCGGACGGCACCCCUGUCACGGCCCAGACCAAGAGUAAGCUGUAUCGCCACCCCAUGAGCAACGAGGCCCAGGGCUUCAUAUCCACCCACCUGCUACAGAGGGAGCAGCAUGGCUAUCGCUCUGCCCAGGGCGGGGGCAUGAUGCCAGGGCCUAUGAGGCAGCAGGGCAUGGGGGGCCCCAACCCCAACGCCCAGAUAAACAUGCCCCCUGGUGGAGGUAUGGGGGGUAUGAACCGGGUCUAUGGGCCCAUGAACGAACAGAGCCACAUGGGACAGAUGGGAGGGGGUUCAAUGUACGGAGGGAAUGGAGGUGGUGGUGGCGGCAGGGGAGGCAUGGGCAACAGAAUGAUGCAGAUGAAUCAGAUGAAUCAGUUAAACCAGAUGGGCCAGAUGAACCAAAUGAAUCAGAUGGGUCAUCAGAUGAACCACACAGGUCCAGGGAACCAUCCUGGCAUGCAGCAACAUCAGCACCCCCAGCAGCAACAUCAGCAGCCCCCCUUCCAGAGCAGUGGGGGUUACGGACUGGGGGGUAUGAACAGCCCCUUGGGGAGUCCCAGGAUGAUUGGCCCCCAGCAGGGGCUCCUGAUGUCCCCCCGAAACCGAGGCAGCCCCAAGAUGGGUGCCAGUCAGUACUCACCUGGAGACAUGCACUCCCCCAUGGGCCCUCAUGGAGGAGGAGGAGGUACCACCUCUUUCUCCAGCAGCUCCCUCAACGCCCUGCAGGCCAUCAGCGAGGGGGUCGGGAGCUCCCUCCCCUCCACCCUCACCUCUCCCUCCCCGGCCAACAAACCGGACAGCUCCCCCAGCGUCCACUCCUCCUCUCAGUCCACCCAGCCCAGUCACCCUGCCAAAUCCGGCCCGGAUGACUCCAAAAGCCCAACAGGAGGCCUGGGUCCUGCGCCCAGCGUGCACCCCCUCCACCAACACCAUCACCACCACCCACACCACCAGUCCGAGAGCUCCGGAGACAGGUUGGACAGCCAGGCCUCGGCAGACAGCAAGGAGCCCAGAGAGGGGGCCAUCGAGGCUGGGGUGAGCUCAGAACCCACCCGGAGAGUCCCAGACGGUAAGGGCCAUAAGAAGCUGCUGCAGCUGCUGACCUCCCCCACUGAGGAGCUGGGGUUAGGGGGAACUGGCUCCGCCUUGCCCUCUAUACCUCCCCCACCAGGCAGCAGCAACACCCCAGCAGGGUCCGACACUAAGGACCCCACAGGAAGCAUUUCCAGCCCUUCCUCUACUGGAGUAUCCUCCUCUUCCUCAGCCUCCACCAAUCAGGGCCAGGCGUCAGGCACGGCUCUGGCCAAUGCUCUGGCCUCUGCCCACUACACGGCGUCGCUGCAGGAGAAGCACAAGAUCCUCCACAAGCUGCUGCAGAACAGCAACACACCCGAUGAGGUGGCCAAGAUCACAGCCGAGGCCACUGGCAAGGUGACCCUGGGUGGCCAGGAAGUCCCAGGGGAGGUGGGGGCUGGAGGAGCAGGAGGAGUGACAGAGCCUAAGCAAGAGCAGCACAGCCCCAAGAAGGAGAAGACCCACGCGCUCCUCCACUACCUCCUCAACAAGGAUGAUACUAAAGAGCCAGUGGAUGUGAAACCCAAGCCUGAGGAGCUGGAAGGAAAGGGGCCCCCAGGAGCCACUGCCGGCCCCCCACCCAGAGGCCCUGGCGCUGGACCCGGCCCAACAGCUGAACACCCAGAGAGCAAGAUCAAGUCAGAGCCGCCUGAUGAGUUGGACAACCUGGAGUCCAUCCUGGGAGGUUUGAGGGGUUCUGGCUCUGAGUUCUACCCCGAGCAGGGAGGAGGAGGAGGGAACAAGGCUCAGGGUUGCCUCGACGAGAACCUGCAAGGGAGUUCGGGGAUGGCCCCUGGCCCACGAGGGCCCUUCCAGAGGGCCAUGUCAGCAGACGCCAAGCCUGGAGUGGUGGGGAGGCGCCCCAUGCUCAUCAAACAAGAGAACAUGAUGGGCAGCCCAGAAGGAUACCCAGGGAACAUGGGUGUUUGUCCACGAGGCGUUGGAACAAGGCCGAUGAACAGGGGCAUGGGGGUUUCCCAGCGCUCUCCCAUGGGGGGGUCAGGGGAUUGGGGGAUGCCCCGCUCCUGUGCCAGCCCCGUGGGCUCAGCCGGUCACCCCUCCAUGAGCCGUCCUGGUAUGGACUACAACUCCAAAGGCAUGAUGGGAGGGCCCAUGGUGGGAAGGUCCAACAGUGUUCCUGGCACCAGAUCCAUGCUGCAGCAACAGCUAAUGGACAUGGGAGGUUCUGGUGAGAUGGGGAUGAGUCCGUUCGGUCAGCAGGUCCAGCCCAACCAGUCUCCGUCCUGGUCUGACAGUGUGAUGGGUAUGGAGGGAAACCACAGCAGGCGUCAGUUUGGAAACACCCUGGAUGAGCUCCUGGCUCCGCCCACCACCAGCGAGGGCCAGAGUGAUGAGCGGGCGCUGCUGGACCAGCUGGACUCUCUGCUCAACAACACGGACGGCAUCGCACUGGAGGAGAUCGACCGGGCCCUGGGCAUCCCGGACUUGGUCAGCCAGGGCCAGGGGCCAGAGCAGCAUGGUGAGCCCUUCCCCGGCCAGGAUCCUUCCAUAGUGCUGGAGCAGAAGCCUCUGUACGGCCAGGGCUACCCCGGACCCCCCUCAAUGGCCAUGCAGUCAGCCUACGGGGGGAGCCCUAUGCAGGGCCAGCCCCAACAGGGUGGCUUCGGCCCCAUGCUCUCCCAGAUGGGCCCAGGGGGCAGCUUCCCAGGGAUGGGAGGCAUGGGGGGUAUGGGUCACCCCCGUGCUAACAUGAUGAGACCCAGGAUGAUGAGCGCCACCAAACCCAUGAGGCUCCAGCUGGCGCAGAGACUACAGGGCCAACAGUUUAUGAGUCAGACUCGGCAGGGGAUGGCCAUGAAGAUGGACAACCCUGGAGCAGGCAACCCUGCCUUGAGGCCGGGUAUGCAGCCUAGCAUGGGAGGACAGCCUGGCUUCCUGAAUGCCCAGAUGAUGGCCCAGCGUAGCAGGGAGAUGGUGACCAUGCAGAUGAGGAGACAGAGGAUGAUGAUGCUAAUGCAACAGCAACAGCAGCAGGCGGCAGCAGUGGCCGCCGCAGGGGGGUUCAGCCCCCCUCCCAACGUCACCGCCCCCGCCGGCAUGGACACCCCUAUGGGAGGCCCCAACCUGGGCCCCCAGCAGUUUGGCUACGGGGGAAACUACGGUAUGGCCCAGCAGGGUGACCCGUCGUUUGGUCCUGCGGGCAGCAGUCCCCCCAGCACCAUGAUGUCAGGCCGCCUGGGUCCUCAGAAUCCCAUGAUGCAACAGCAUCCCCAGGGCGGAUCCAUGUACCAGAGCACUGACAUGAAGGGCUGGUCGCAGGGAGGCAUGGCCCGCAACAGCUCGUACCCCCAGCAGCAGUUUUCCCAACAGGGCAACCCGGGGCAGCAGCAGUUUGUCCAAACGGGCAACCCAGGACAGUACGGGGGCAUGAUGAUGAAUGGGGGCAUGCCUUCCAAUGGAGGGGGGGGCCAUAUGGGGCAGAUGGGGAUGAACCCCAUGGUGAUGGGACGUAUGCCGAUGGGGCCUGAUCAGAAAUAUUGCUGAACCUGAGACAGACGAGUGUGGUGGAACAGAACAGACUCACUGUGAUCCUUUCAGAGAGAUGAGUGCAGUGAUGUGUGUGUGUGUGUGUGUGUGUGUGUGUGUGUGUGUGUGUGUGUGUGUGUGUGUGUGUGUGUGUGUGUGUGUGUGUGUGUGUGUGUGUGUGUGCGUGUAGUACUCUACUCCCACCAGUUGGGGUUGCUGCUCUCUGGACUUGAGGCGAGUGUUGGCAGUCUCACAGCUGGAGGACAAUAGACAGAGGACACACUAUUCUACUCUCACUUCUUGUACAUGAGACAUCCUAUGACACACACCAACACACACACACCCCAAAACAUCCAUGUAUCUAAAGACACACUGUGACACACAAACACACACACACAUACACAAACUGACGGAUCGAAAUUAGAAGACAUCCUCUCUCUCGUGGGAUGUGACUACCAUCAUGCCAAGUUCACCCCUGGCCGCGGGAAUUCUCUCUCUGCUUUGGAACGCUAUGAGAGAAGACAGUGUUUCCUAGUUCUGGUCCUGGAGGACCACCGUGUAUGCAGACCAUACAUCCCAUCCAGUCUCUGAAUCCACACUUAAUGAAUGAUAUAUAUAGUCCAUUGUUGGAGAAGGUGGGAGUUGAUUGUAAUCACUGAUACAUGGUCAGCUAUUUUUACAUCCUCCUAAUGAUUAAGAUUAGGGAACCCUGAUCCUAGAUCUGUGGUUAGGGGCAACUUCUACCUCUAUAAGCUAUAUUACUAUACUGAUGAGCAGACAUGUAGUCGAUAGCAUAUAGUCAAUUCAGAAGUACAACACCAGUCAAAAGUUUGGACACACCUACUCAUUCCAGGGUUUUUCUUUAUUUAACACUAUUUUCUGCAUUGUAGAACAAUAGUGAAGACAUCAAUACUAUGAAAUAACACAUAUUGAAUCAUUGAGUAACCAAAAAAAGUGUUAAACAAAUCAAAUUAUAUUUUCUAUUUGAGAUUCUUCAAAUUAGCAACCCUUUGAGUUGAUGACAGCUAUGCACACUCUUUGCAUUCUCUCAACCAGCUUCAUGAUGUAAUCACCUGGAUUGCAUUUCAAUUAAUAGGUGUGCUUUGUUAAAGUCCAUUUGUGAACUUUCUUUCCUUCUUAAUGCGUUUGAACCAAUCAGUUGUGUUGUGAAAAGGUCGAGGUGGUAUACAGAAGAUAGUCCUAUUUGGUAAGAUACCAAGUCCAUAUUAUGUUAAAAUAAGCAAAGAGAAACGACUGUCCAUCAUUACUUUUAUGAUUUAACCUUUAGGUCAGACAGGAAAGGAAGAUCCAGAGUUACCUCUGCUGCAGAGGACAAGUUCAUUAGUGUUACCAGCCUCAGAUAUUGCAGCCCAAAUAAAUGCUUCACAGAGUUCAAGUAACAGACACAUCUCAACAUCAACUGUUCAGAGGAGACAGCAUACAUCAGGUGUUCAUAGUCGAAUUUCUGCAAAGAAACCACUACUAAAGGAUACCAAUAAAAAGAAGAGACUUGCUUGGGCCAGUAAACACGUGCAAUAGACAUUAGACCGGUGGAAAUCUGUCCUUUGGUCUGAUGAGUCCAAAGGAGGAGGAGGAGGUGUGAUGAUGUGGUGCUGCUUUGCUGGUGAUACUGUCAGUGAUUUAUUUAGAAUUCAAGGUACACUUAACCAGCAUGGCUACCACAGCAUUCUGCAGCGAUACGUCAUCCCAUCUGAUUUGUGCUUAGUGGGACUAUCAUUUGUUUUUCAACAGGACAGCUACCCAACACACCUCCAGGCUGUGUAAGGGCUAUUUGACCAAGAAGGAGAGGGAUUGAGUGCUGCGUCAGAUGACCUGGCCUCCACAGUCACCCGACCUCAACCCAAUUGAGAUGGCUUGGGAUGAGUUGGACCACAGAGUGAAGGAAAAGCAGCCAACAAGUGCUCAGCAUAUGUGGGAACUCCUACAAGAUCAUUGGAAAAGCAUUCCAGGUUGGUGAAGCUGGUUGAGAGAAUGCCAAGAGUGUGCAAAGCUGUCAUCACGGAAAAGGGUGUCUACUUUGAAGAAUCUAAAAUAUACUUUGAUUUGUUUAACACUUUUUUGGUUACUACAUGAUUCCAUAUGAGUUAUUUCACUGUUAUUCUACAAAAUAGAAAAUAGUAAAAAUAAAGAAAACCCCUGGAAUGAGUAGGUGUGUCCAAACUUUUGACUGGUGCUGUAAGUAAUUAAGAGGCAGCAUACAUACACAGUGGACCUGCAGGAGACUGGGUUAAGGUACGACAGAAAUUAAUUAUAGUUGGCUGUGAUUGCACUUUACGGAAAGGCUGUCGUCAAAAUGAUUGUGGCAAUAUUUAUUGGUCAUAGAGGCCUUUACCCAAGAAUUAAUGCAUAACAGCAAAUCUUGUUAAGUUUUUAUUUUUGUGUUUGUCAGAGGAUGGAAACUAUUAUGAUUAGAAAUGGAUUACUGUGACGAUCAUUAUUCUAAAUGGUUAACCAAUGGAAAGGCAGUAAGCACAGAUUUUGUAGAACACUUUCUUCUGCAGUGUGUUGAUUAUGGGGAUGUUAGUGGAUGAAAAAGGUUCAGAUUAUUAAAGUAGAUCCUUAAAAUGUACUGACCUAUUUCAGAGUGCACAGUUACCCUCAUAUUUAUACAUCUAUUCAUAAAUGUAAAUAAGCAUUUUAAAAACGAAUGUGUAUAUUGUAUUUUUAAGGAGGAAUUUGUAAGAUUUACAUCUUGGUUACCUCAUGGAACACUUAAUAGAGAUUUGUUGCCAGUUAAUGAAUGAGUUGAUUCCUAAAGUAAUCCACACACUGUGAAAGAAAGGGUUUCCCCCAAUUUUAGUGUAUGUUUAUGCAGAUUUCUAGCAAUAAUCCUUCCUCUUGGUUCUCCUGUGAGGGCAAAGUGAAGCACCAUUUACUCAAAGCGAUGGUACUGCAGUAUUAGGAUGUGACUCGUCUCGUUUGGAAUUUUUGCUUUUGUCUGUGAAUACAAAUGUAAAUACGCUUCAAAUGUAUUAUAUAUAUAAAUAUAUGCUUUUGUAGGUCACAUACUGUUUUUGCAGAGAUUGUAAGGCUUGAUAUUUAAAGUAUAAUUUUAUUAUUCUGUCGUAGGUCAAAAUAACUUUUAUUUUCAAUACAAAAGGAAGGGGGUCUUUCUUUGAUCAAAACUUGAUCAAAAACUUUGGUUCAGUUUGCCUCAGAAAGCUACAACUGCAUCUUUUGUUCUUUCAGAAGCACUUUUUAAAAUGUGUGAUCUAUAAAUCAUAUAUUUCUCUUUUUCAAAGGCAUUUGCAUAGCUUUAGAGGUGCUUGUGUGAUCCUGUCAUUUUCUAUCAAUAGAUGUUUAAUUCAAAAGAGCAAACAAACACACACAAUGCCUAAAAGAGGUGACAUGUGAUUGUGUUAGACUUAGGGGGGUCCAUGUUUCUUACCAGUGUGUGGAUUGAUAUUUUUAGAUAGGGCCCUAUGAGUUCAAUGGCUCUAGUUCCAUUCCUUAUAAUUCCAUACUCUGUUAUUGGCUAGGCUACUUAGCAGCAACUAUGUGCUCACAGAUAGGCUAUUAAAGACCACCCAAAGCCAUUGCAAUAUCAAUACUGCUUUUCUUCCCUUCGAUUGGGCACAGAUGCUGGGUUGUGGUGGUCAGUUUUACUGUAUGUAGGUUUUUGUGUUACGGUCUUCAACACUGCGGUUGGUUCUAUUUGUGGCUUUACUUUUUGAAGUCAGCUCAUAUUUAGGGAGGCUGUCGGGCUACACUAGAUGGUGAUUUGGAUUCCCUCCCUCUCUCUGUCUGAUCCUUGAAGGUUAUUUUGGGACAUUUUACAUGAUUCUAUGUUGAACAUUGAUUUUUCCUUGAUUUUGUAACAUUUUCUGUGAAGCUUUGUGAGAAAUCUUUUUAAGAUGUGCUCAAUCCAAAGAUUUGUGUUUUGUCAUUCUGCAGUGCUUAGAACUCGGUCCUAGAUGGUGCAAGUAAGCUAUUCAUGUGUGCAUUUCUCGGCUGCACACCCUACAUAGAAUAUGUUUGAAUUUAUGUAUUCCCAUUCCUACAAAACAGAGUUAACAUGGGUCUGGUUCUGCUGAAGUGAUUUUAAUCUUGUUUGUGAUUGUUGUUUUUUGUUUCUUUGUUUUAUCUCUUAAAAUCUAUGGCCAGUUCUAAGUUGUGGUGCUGGAAACGGUUAUUUCAUGAGAUUGACCACUCAGAGAAGAAGCUCUUUAGUGGCACUAACCUGUGUGGUGAUACAAAACUAUCCCAUGGACUCUGAAGAUGACGGAUCGCUAUCUAUCUUUUAACACAAUGGAGAAUGUCUUCAAGCUGUUUUAUGGAAACAUCUUGGAAUAGCCUAGAAUGAAUUUUCAGUCUUUAUGAAGUAUAUUGAAAAAGAUUGACCUACCGAAUAUUCAAAAGAACUAUGUGCUGUGCUUUUGCUUUUAAAAAAAGUAUCCCUCUCGAUUUAUCCUUUGAUUUAAAUGAAAAGAGAGGGGUAGAAAAUAUAAAAUGCUUGGGAAAAUAUACAGUCAUAAUUUCAGGAUGUAAAUUACUGUUGCAUUUUUUCUUACUUGUUUCUUGAUGUUAAUACUGAUGUAAAUACAAAUUUCUAUUUAAACAUUA